UCUCUCUCAUGGGUUUUGGGGAUCCUCCUCUCUCCUGUUUCCGAGAAAAAUUCCAUGUGUGGCUGGAAAGCUCUGAGUUGCCCCAAGGAAAACCCUAAUCCACCCCGAUCACAAGGAGAGAUCGCUAUUUUUAUCGUAAAUCUGCAGGAAUUUGUCAGCAAGUUGGAAUCUUAUUACCUUGAUCCGUCUAUAAGCUCGCUGAAAUGGAUUUUUCUCAUGGUCCUCGAUGGGUGAUUCUUCGAAGAAGUUUAUGAAAUCCGAAGGAUGGGAUCCAAGAAGUGAAUUUGUAGCGGUGAAAACUGGAAAGCUGAUGCCUUGACAAAUCAUGAAGGUUUGAAUGGGCUGGGAUAAUUCAUAAUCUGAGUUCAAUAAGGUCAAGUUCGAUGGGAAGCUAAUUCCUGAAUUUGAAUACAUCAGUAGUGGAUUUCAAAGGCUAUCGGAUGGAUUCCUUUGAUCUCAACACCCGGCUGCCGCCUCGGAAGCGACUACUUGCUGGGCUGAAGAAGGAAGGCUCUGAUUGCGAUUUCUCGCUUCCUGUUCCUUUAAUUUCUAGUGAUCUCAGUGCUCGUAUCCAUGAUAUUAUCAACUCAACCACUUCUUCGCCUGAUGAGAUCAUUGAGGCCACCAAGUCAGUAGCUUUGGCUGCCACAGAGGUUGCUGCUGCUGCAAGAGCCACUGCGAUGGAGAAAGCAGCUGCAGCUGUGAAGGCCAGGACUGCUGCCAAGAAUGCCCUGGAAUUAUUAGAUUCUAUCUCAAGGAGUGAAGCUGCCCGAAAGGAUUGCCCAACCAAAACCAAAUCACGAAAGAAACAUGUGGCGGUCAAGCUCUUGUAUGGUAAUAAACAGCCUGUGGGGAACCGAGAAACAGAUGAAGAAUUGGCCCGGAGGUUGCAUCGAGCUAUGAACAGUUCCCCAAGAAUUUCAAAGAGUAAACAGAAGAAGCUUCAUGGUUCUGGGAAAGAGGAAGUUCAGAAUGGCGGUGCUGCGUGCAGUGGAAACUCACCUGUUUCAGAUGCUAAAGCUGUUCAGUUGAAUAAUGGAUAUUCUAUAGAUAAAUUGGAGGAAAAGAUUGUUGUAUGCUCCAAAGAUGACCUUUUUGAGACGGAAGAGGAAGAAUCUGGUUGUCAUUUAGAAAAAUAUCAUCACGGAUCUAAGGAAAGAAUAAUUGCUGGUUGCAGGAAAGCGAAAAUUAAGCGAAAGAAAUUGCCUUUGAGUCAAUGUAACGUGAGGGAUCAGGGAGAAACUGAAGAGACUCAACGCUCUGUGGAUCAUGCACUGACUCGGGAAUCAGAAUUGGAUCAUGUAGAAAGAUACACAUCUUCCGACAAUGCAAAACAUUCUGAUGAUGGGCAUUUGUCGAUGAAGAUUACAUCCACAUGGAAAUGCAAGAAGCUCAAGGUGUCACAAUGUUCUUCCGAUAGCAAGAUCAUGCAUGCUCUAUGUUCAAAUCGUGCACCUGCUAAGGCCUCUGCUAUGGUUAAAGUUGAUUAGUGAGGUAACUUUAUUUUUUUGUUAUGCUAGAUAGAUGAUGGUGUUGGAGCUCACAUUAGCAUUAAAAGCAGCUGGGGAUGAAUAUAUGUUGAAUUUUGCAACCCAGACAGAGCAGGAGAAGAUAUCUUAUGCUAGGUAGUUGCUUGCUUUAUGAUUUCAUUCUAUACAUGUUGCUUGCUUUCUGAUAUCAUGUUCUGUAGAAGGCUUGCUUUUUUGGUUUUGUUCUAAUGUAUUACUUUUUUACAUACCUUUAUGCUGUAUUCUAUUACUAAGUUUGCUGAAGAAAAUCAGUUAUUUGUUAUUGAUGGGUGUUACUUCAAACUCAUUGAUUUCUUCUGAAUUACAUGAUGACCAAGAUAUGCAAAAGUCCCCC